AUGGCUGAUCCGAAGAGGCGCACUAGCGCUGGGUCACCCAAACCAGUCUCUCGCCGUUCUUCAGGAUCUUCGCAGUCCAAGCCUGCAUCAGUGUCGUCGUCGGGACUCGCGUCAACAUCCAUGAUGUCCCCAGCUAAUUCCGCGUCCGCGGGAAAACAGAGGCGGGUGAAGAAGCAGCAGUUCGACAUUCAGAGUCAAGUUGACACUUACAAUGACGAGAUCGAGAAAGCGCUGUCGGACAGGGUUUCUCGAGACGAGCUGAAGAAUGAACAGUAUAUGGUCAAGUACAAUCUUGCUCGUCAGCUCAACGAGCACAAGUACCUCGAAGCUGAAUGCACAGGUGGUUAUGCCGAAGCUGCCGUCGCGCAUCAACGUUCCCAGGAGGCCAAAGAUGCUGAGAUAAGACUUUGUGAAGCCGAGAUCAAAGUGCAUGACACAUUGGCAAAUGCGCAUGCGGAGGAGGCGGCAAUGCUACGCCUCAAGAUCGAGCUUGCUCAUCUCACUAGUUCUAAUUCUGGGUCUUGA